GCCGUGCUGAACCACUUGUUGGCAGAGAGCUGGUGACGUCGGUGGUGUAGGCCGAGCCCUGCCGCCGCUCACACUUGAGGCAGCACUAGCAGCAGCUCAAGUGUGUGAGUGUGUGUGAGAGUGAGAGGGAGAGUGUGUGUGGGUGGGUGCGCGCCCGCGUGUCGGUGUGAGUGAGUGCGUGCGGUUUCUCGUCCUGACAUCGCGUCGGUCCUCGUCGGUCCGAUUAGUCUGAGCCGCGGAUACUCAGAGGCAGACGCCCUCGAGGACUCGACUUGGAUUGCCUCCUUCCUCCUUGUGGGCCGCUGUCCCGGCUCCAGUCAACAGGUGCCGCCGUGGAUGUGAGGCGGCCCCCGCUGUCCGCCGCGGCCCCCGCCGCCCCCCGCGCCCGCGCCGCCGGCGGCUCGCUUUCUCUCCCCGCGGGACACCAAACGGCGACAAAAUAAAAUUGCGGAGGCUAUCGCUCUUCUCCUCCUCCGGGAGCGGGAACAGCGGCAACAGCAAUGCGGGCGGCGGUGGCGGCGCGGCCGGCGGCCAGCUCAACGGCGUCGGGGACCCCGCCGCGCCCGCCCCGGCCAUGUUCUCCAAGCUCAAGGGGGCCGGGGGCGGUGCGGCGGCCGGCCACAGCCCCCUCGACACGAACCCCAUCUCGCAGUACUACGAGGUGGGCAAGCAGACGGCCUGCGCCGGCCCUGGCCUCAUCUGGAAGAUCUACGAUGCCGUGCGCAAGUCCGACAGAAAGGAGGCCUCAAUCUUCCUGUUCGAGAAGCGGCUGGCUGAGAAGUUGCACAAACCCAAGAGAAAAGACACGGUGUGCGAGGUGCUGAGGGGCAGCGUCCGCCAGCUUGAACGCUUCCGGCACCCGAGGAUACUGCAGGUGCUGCACUCGGUGGAGGAGUGCAACGAGACGCUGGCCUUCGCCUCGGAGCCCAUCCUGGCCAGUCUGGCCAACAUCCUGGCCUACCACGAGGCGUCCGGCAGCGGUGCGGGCGGCGCGCCGACGACGGGGGCCUCGCACCCAAACACCGUCACGAGGCCGCCGUCGCACGCCAAGGACUACAGCUUCCUCGACCUGGAGAUCAAAUACGGCCUGCUACAGCUCACCGAGGCCCUGUCGUACCUCCACUACCAGCACCACAUGCUGCACCGGCAUGUCUGCCCCGCCUCCAUCUUCGUCAACAAGCGCGGCGUGUGGAAGCUCGGAGGGCUCGAAUUCACAGAACGACUGAACGAGGCGGACCCCACUGAGCCCGUGCCCAUCACUCCAUGGACUUCAAGGUCUUCGAAGCUUUGUCAACCAGACUUAGAUUACAUAGCCCCAGAAGUACAGCUUCAUUCACAAAUAUGCAUGCAGAGCGAUAUGUUUUCGCUGGGAAUGGUCAUCACCGCCAUUUUUAACCACGGACGUCCUCUAAUGCAAGCCAACAACUCUAAUACAAGUUUCCAACGUCACUUAGAAACGCUCGACGAACAUGUGAAAAUGGUGGUGCCUGACAUUCCUCUUCCUCUUCGAGAGGCAACCGUGAGACUGCUCAACAAAGACCCCAAAGAAAGGCCUACCGCACAACUCCUUACCCUCAUAAAGUAUUUUACCACUGACACAGUUGUGACAACUCUUCAAUUUCUCGAUGUCAUCCAAAUGAAAGAUCCCCAACAGAAAAACGCAUUCUACCGUCAAACUCUUCGAGACAGUCUUCCCUACAUCCCUAGAAAAUUAUGGUUCCAACACGUAUGGCCUUGUCUGGAAGCCGAAAUGAAACAAUCUGAAGUGUUAGCAGCAGUUUUAAAACCUAUUCUUCUAAUGAUUGAACAUGUUGGAAUAGAAGAGUACGAAAUGUACAUCCAAGAAUCGUUCAGAACUGUUCUAACGUCACCUAAGACUAUUCAGGCAACUGUUUGCUUGCUUGAAAAUUUACAUAUAAUUCUUGAAAAGACGCAGAAGGAUGAGGCGAGAGCGGAAGUCCUAAGAGUUCUUUACAAUGCUUUUGAGAGCACCACCAUUCAAGUGCAGUCAGCUGCACUGUUUUCGGUCACAAACGUGGCUGAUUACAUCGAUGAACAGGCAAUACGACAUAUGAUACUUCCACGGACUGUGUCCGUCUUCAAUCAAAAUACUGCUGAUUUAAAGAUAACUAUAGCCGUUCUCAGUUGCGUGGAACGCAUUCUGGAUCGUCUAGACCGUCCACUAAUUCUAGACCAGGUGUUGCCCCUUCUGACGGAAGUCAGAUUGAGCGAUCCCGAAAUCAUGUACAGGGUGGUCUGUAUCUAUGCCUUGCUACUGAGAGACAAGAAAUAUGGACUUACAGUAAACCACAUGGCGACAAGGGUUAUGCCAGUGCUCCUUCCUCAGACUGUAAACCCACAGCUGAACCUGGAACAAUUCACUAUGCUAUUACAAGUUCUGCGGGAGAUGCUCGAACAAAUAGAUAGGAAUCAGCGAAACAAACUAAAACUUGACAAUAUGUCGUUACCAAGUCCAGAAAGGCGGCCUCUUCGACACCUCUUUUCAUCCGACAAUAUGCAUGUGCCACCUUUCAACAUUCCAAAUCUGCGCGUAGAGCAGAGAAAGACGUCAAGCGCAGAAGAUAUGGCGCGAAAGAACUCAACCGGGUCGUAUUCUGGCAUCCUGGGUGGUUGGUGGUUCGGCGGCAGCUCCAAUUCUCCAGACAGCAACUUCUUGCGUGUCCAAAAUGCACUGCCUAUCCGCCGGCUGUCGGACAACACGCUCAUGACGCCAAAGAUCCGCGUGGCACACUCUUGUGCCUCAUCGCCCGGAGGCUCGCCCGGCGGCCUUCCGAUCCGGAGGCACUCGUCUAUCGGGCCGCAGGAGAGGCGCGGCUCCAGCACCAACCUGUCCCCACCAACGGGGGCGGGCUUCUACCACGGCUCGGUCUCGAGGGAGGGCUCAACGCUUUCGGUGCCAGCCGCCUAUCUUGCACGGAGCAUGAUCGGCGGCAGCAUGCCAAACACGAGUUCCAGUACGCCCUUCCUCAGCUCGUCUAUGAGCAGCCUGAGGUCGCGAAGGCCGUCUGCCUGCCUGGGCGGCUCUCAAGGCUCAGGCUUGCUCCAGCAACUAGGCACCGGCAUGGUAAGGCAAUUCACAGGGUCCCCCAUGGGUUCCCCCAUGGGUUCCGUCGGUUCCCACAUGGGGUCCGGGUCCCCCCAGCAUCCCGGCAACGGGAGGGCCCACUCCUCGGUGCCCUCGCCACCCCAUGUAAGGACCAUCCUCGGCGUCUGGCUGGGGGAGGAGUUGACGCGACCCGCGCUGCUCGUGGCCGUCGACCGCCGUCGGCGACCUCGGCGGCCUUGGAGGCGCGGGCACGCCCGCUCCUCCUCAUUCUCUUUGCGUAGCACGGCUCCUAGCGCCGCCACGCGUCGCCCCGCACAUGCAUGCCUCGCGAGUCUGGAGAGGGGCGGAGCAGCAGCAGCAACGCCUGUCGAUACGCUCGUUUAUAUCGCCUCAAGAUAUAUGGCGGCUUUCUUUUUACGUUAUUUUUAUUUUCUCUUUGCUAUGUGCGGGGGGCUGUGCCCAAACCACGUGACCUAGGGGGGGGCAAAUAUUAUGGGGUUUCAAAGGGGCCAGGACUGUCAUUGAAGUCGAUAGUUGCCCCAUGAUAUUUGUACCCCAGGGUAAAAAUUUCAAGGGGUCCUUAGGGGUCAAUGGCCAAUCCAGAUUCUCUUCGGACCCAUACGAUUUCGCCCGCUCCCUCACUCCCCCUCUAAAACACGGGGUUUUAGGCACAGCCCUUUUGGGUUUUCUAGGGCUGCUGCCCUGGCUGCUCUGCCCCUUGUCGGACGAAACGCGUCACUGCUUUACUCACCUGUCGGCUGCUUAUUGAAGGCACUGGCACGCGCACCCCGCGUUGUGGCGCAGCACACGGUUAGCGUGCAAGCCGCUGCCUUUGUUCGCUUUGCGAAUCGCUUCCUUCAGCAGCGUCUCUCACCUUAAGAGGUGGGUUCUAGUUUGUUUCUGCACCCGCUGACGCGUAGUGAUGCGGACGAGUUUAUUGGUAACACACUCACACAUACAAUCUCUUUAGUAGAAUUUCUUACUCGAUUUGCACGUUUAUUAAACUAGUUUGUGUAGCAAGACAGCUAAUGAGCUAGUGCGGUAGUGGGAAAGGCACCACCGGAGUCAUGAAGGAAACGAGCACGAGGGAAGGUGAUGGGGUGGGUGGUGGGUUGGUGGGAAUACUGCUUGCUUGUCUAGGAGUGGAGUAGUGACUGUAGUUUAUACCCCACGCCAAGGCAUAGCUUCGUCCGGAGUAUAAAUUGGGCGUGGGGUCUUGACAUGUUAUCCAUUAUCUAAAUGUGAAUGUGUGUGACAUACACUUAAAGUUGAUUGGCAACGGACACACACAAAGGGUGUGUCUGUGUGUGUGUGACACGCACAUCACACACGGCUUUGUGUUGGAAACUGAACACUUUACUCCGACUGUUACGUAUCUGUGAUUGGCGUGGAUUUUCACGCUAUUCUAUGUGUGACAUGAUUAGCCCACGUUUUUUAUUGUGUGACGUUUGUCACGCUUCCAUAAGUGUUUUGUGUGUUGCGCACCUUUAUCUUUGUAUACACAAGCGGUCUGUGAGCCGCAGCAUGCUGUAGCUAGGUGUUGAACAGAGUCGGUUCAAAGGGCCGCGCCACUCGUGUUAAUUGCUGCACUCUAAUUUUAACACGUUCAGUGUGGUAUUAUGGCCUGCUAUGCGAUAUCUUUAUAUCGAUACGAUCUUCACGAAAAAAAAAAGAUUCGCUGAGUCAGCUAAUAUAUUGACUGGUAUUUGGACAGACAAGCACAUAAACUUCUGUAACCACUAUAUUGUCUACUCUAAUCAAUCAUUGGCUGUGCCAGUCAAAGAUAAGUUGUAUGAAAUAAUGAUUUGCCUGUAUCAGUAAGGUAGACCUCGACUGAUUUAGGGAAGGGAUAAGCUCUUACAGCUAAUUUUUGACUUGCACAGCCACACGGAAAAAAAUGAAUUGGUCGUCAUAACUAAAUAUUAGUUAAUUUCGUGUCAAUCGAUCAAAAAAUUGUUGAGGUAACCAAUAAUUUGUUGUCAGGACCAAGAUUAAGUUGCCAGAGCCAAGAGUUGGUCGCUAAAACCAAGCACGUUUGCUGCAGGAGCCAAUUCGUGGUUUGUUUUUAGAACGAAUGCGUUAGCUCAAGCACCGAACAGCUUGCUCUGACAACUUAAUCUUGGUUCUGAAAACAAAUUAUUAGUUACCUCAACAAUUUUUUGAUCGAUUGUCCCGAAAUUAACUAAUAUUUAGUUCUGACGACUAAUUCAUUUUUUUCCGUGCAAUGAUUGAUUAGAGUAGACAAUAUAGUGGUUACAGUAGUGUAUGUGCUUGUCUGUGCAUAUACCAGUCAAUGUAUUAGCUGAUUUAGCGAAUCUUCUUUUUUUUUUUUCGUGUUAACAUCUUGGGCCUAAAACUCCGUGACAUGCUUCUGAUAUCGACAUUCAUGUAACGAGCACUAAAUAAAAUAAACAAAAUAAAAAUCGUCAAUAUGCUUUGACCACGCUCGACACCACGAUAUUUUGCUGUGGGUAAAUCGUCUACAUUGAUGCAUAUCGCCCUUCGAGUUGUUUCGAUAUUGUACGAUAACGUUGGAAUCCGACAAAUUGGUUCGUUGUUCUAUACUUGUUUGAUAUCUUAGUGCAAUAUCAAAAGUUGGAUAUCGCGCAGUCCUAUUUUCUGAACUGCUUGUGAUCGUUCAGAUGGUACAUCCGUUAUCCGUUUUCCUCAGAUUUAUUUGGAAACUCGGCGCCUGCGAGACUCGGGGAGGCCACCCCGUGGUACACGCAUGCACGCAAUGCAAGAUGUGGCCUACCUGUCAGGCGCUACGGCAAAGCAUAGGCAGGCAGGACUUCUUGCCAUCGGGAGCCUCAUUCUAAAAUCUCAACUUCGUAAUUAGAACCGAUGCUUAUGCUGAUCGACGGCUGCCGAAGACGGGGUCAUACCGCACUGGACGUGUUAGUGAGACUGAAGAGCUGGUCCCCGUGAUUCCGUUUGCUCGUCAACUUGUGGCGUGUGAUCACGGGAACCAGAUUUUUAGAAUGCGUCUAAUCAUAACCCUUUUCUUCUUCGCUUUUCAGUAUCAACUAUUUUCUGGGCGCUAAUUCGGACUGCCUCACAAUCCGGCGGGUGUGUAUAUUUCGUAGGAAAUGGUUUUCUAGACCAGCAAAUUCAAGAAUCAAAAACUUAAGAAGAACUUGAUGAAGAUAUUUAUCAACCACGGACCAGAUAUCAAGUGAAUUUUGACUUUUGGUUUUACCCCAGCAAGUGGGAAAACCUGGGUCACCUAUGUUAUUAUAAAUUCGGUUUAUCAUUGGGUACAUACUUGUUCUUUCUACAAAAUUGUUAUUUCCAAACUUGAAAAAUGCCUUAUGAAUUUUCAAGAGGCGUGUUAUUAAUAUUCUACCGUUACUUAAUAAAUUUCUCUAUUAAAAAUGUCACUUUUAAAAGAGUCAAAAAUUUAAGAUUUCUAAAUUAGAGAGCUGGUAUCCGUGUUUCUCAGGCGUAACUAGUACCUUUUGUUUACUUUAUAAGUUGAGACAACGACCGCAACAUUCAAGUAAAUAAUGUUGUGUAUUAUACGUAUGUAAAGAAAAUUGUUUCAAUUGUGCAGGUAGUAAAAACUUUGUUUAAAUCUUCCAAGGCAUACUAAACAUUUUAAAUUUCUUAAACUUAAAUUUUAAAGGAUGUAAUGUUUUUAGAUUGUUUCCAUAUGAUUAAAUCUGUCUCUUUUGUGUUCUAAUAUCGCCCAGAUAUUUACUCCUUUGUAUAUACCCUUAGGUUGUCGAUAUAACUUCUAAAUCUUACUCAACGGCAUCGGCGUCAUGGAACACUUUACACUUUUAACUCGUCUUCAUUUGAUUUCUCUGUAAGUACUUCUAUUGAAUACAUGCAUUUUAAGAUACUGCGACUUGACUUAUAAUGGUCGCCUGUGAUUACCACUAUGUCAAUUUCAAUAUACUUCAGAGAGAUUGCAAAACUCCUUCCCGAAACGUUCCAAUUCCUUUAAUGCUACCCCCUUUCUCUAGUGCGCUUCCAAAGCCUAUUUUCACGCUAUAUCAUAGGUGUCCGUCCUAGCUUUGUGAUAUGCUCCCGAACGUAAAAUGGUGCCCUAUCUCCAGUGUUCUUAUGACUAUGAUGCCUUUCCCCAAAUAUAUUCCAUUGACGUGUAUUUGUUCUUGGAUGUAAGAUUUUCUUGUGAACUAGUUUUUCUCUUAUACAAGGUUAAACUAGCCUGACAAUCAUUAUGUGCUGUGCCUUCUUGUUAACUCUAUGACUACCAUCCCCUUUCGACAAUACGUUGCUAUUUAAGCACAGCAAUAAAUAAUAUCGUAACAUGGAAAAACUUUGUGACUCAAUACGUGACAUGCUGUCUAAGCCAAUGAAGUAUCAAUCAAAUCUGUAUGUAUGUUAUCGUUAUUUUGUGACUGGGGAAUUUUGUUGUUUUGAUGCUCUCUUUGCUUCUUUCAUGUAUUUCCUCCUGUCAUAAGAUUUUCCUCUGUCUUCCCUUUAAUGCUUUGUCUUCCCUCUUUUUCAAUUCGCCAAUUCGAAUCAUUACAUAGGUUUAUUUGGUAAGAAAACGUAGGGUUGUUUCUGAAAAACACUUCCCUCUUGGCGACGAUUUGUAUAUUCUGGUGUGUUUCGUCGUGAAUUCGUCCCUCUUAGUUGCAAUAACAUCGUCUUCAAGCGAAGUAAAUUUAAGCAUAUUCUUAAUCGUGUUGUAGAGCGGUGAUUGGUACAUGUACAAAUCAAAUCUGGGGGAUGUACAGCUUAGGACACAAUGUACUUACAUUUAUCGUCCCGAAUUAUUUUUCGUGCUGUCCCUUUUAUUCAAUGUAAUGUGUUGUUAGGUAGUCCAAGGCCUCAUUGAAUCCUAAUUUAAAGUAUUUUCAUUUACAAAUGUGAUAGCACUGGUAUUGUCGUAAUUUUUGCUAGCUAGACUGACACACUUGGCUAUCCUGUUUAUGAAAUUUAUUCAAAGUUUAUUUUUCGUAUAAAUAGAUUUUCCCAUUAGUUUCUUCUAUGUACUCUGUGGUCCUUCGAAUUUAUUUUUAGCCAUAACCGAUUUAACAAGACAGUAUGAGUUAUGAUGUUCAUGUGUGGCCUUCUCACGGCAGAUAAAAUCUAAACAAUUACUAAACAAAGCAGUUUAAGCUCUUUUUUACGUAUACACUUUCUAAGGAUUCGUAUUUUGUUUUCUGUCGCUCGCUACCUUGAAUUACAUGCGGUUACAAUCCGUAUACCGGUUGUGUCCCUUGCUCAAAAUACUGGUGCGCUGGUCGCGGUAUUCUUGGCGGGCCAAGAUUCCACGCUAUAAAGCACUUCGAGUGGUUUCUUAUUUUCUGGGAUAUUUGUUUCAUUUCAGGCCUAAAUGUUUCGAAGAUGUAGGAUAAUUACUUGCGCAAGGACCUGUUAAAAUUGCCUUUGGAACAGGAUCUUUCUUUUUAUUUCUUCACUUUGAGAUCAUGAAAGUUUUGCUAAAGGACAAUCUCUUCUUUUAGAUUAGUGGUUGACGGUGAGCGUGAACGCUCCUGCGACUCUGUACUAGUUAGUAUUAUCUUAAGUAUUUCUCGACUGUUUGUUCUCUUUCGAAAUAUUCGUUCUUAAGUUUACAGUGUCUAUUUAAACGAACGCCCCCAGGUGAUGUACUACCUAGUUUUCAUUCACUUUUGCAUUUUAUUUCGUAUGUAUAACUUGCGACUGGUUGUUAUUAUAAACCGUGUUAGGUUUCUACGUUGGUUGCAUUCCAUCAAGAAAAAUAAUUUUCAAUAAAAUGUUAACAUUGUGUGUGGAUUGAUUUGUAGUCUGUCUAAUGUAAAAGAUGUAACCACUUCCCAUGCCGACAAAUUAAUUGUCUGGCUUGUAGUGAUCAUGAGUGUGGCAUUUUAGGUGGAACGAUACAAUUCGUACUGUCUUCUCGGUUUCUUUCUCAAAACUGUUCAUCCCAUAUCAAAAACGCGCGUUUAGUCAUGUUAAUACCUAGUCCUGGAGAAAUUAACCAAUAUUUUUUUCUUUCAGUUGUAUAUCUUCCUAUGUAUGACUUGCGGGUCAUGUGGUCGCUGUAAAAUAUAUUUUCAUAAAUAAACGUCCUGUUAUAAUCAAA